AUGGAAGAAGUGACGCUUUACGACAAUCCAAGCCGAUUCGGCGCCGGAACCUGUUGGUCUCCCAAUGUUUGGAAGACUCGACUCCUUCUCAACUUCAAGGGCAUCAAUUACAAAACGGAGUGGCUCCACGGUGCAGAAAUUGAACCGACACUCUCAUCCUUCGGCAUCCCGCCUCAUGAGCCAGGAACUCAACUCGCCAAUUACACUGUACCAGCCGUUCGGCUUCCCAAUGGCACGUACAUCAUGGAAUCCCUUCUCAUUGCCCAAGCAAUCGAAGCCAUGUAUCCAGAACCCAAAGCGCAUCUCGAUGCGCCAAUUUUGGCAGAGGUUAUGGACACCUUACGGUGGACUCUCCGUCAUUUAGUUCCUGUUCUGGUACCCAGGAUGCCUCGGGAGUGUCUUUCCGGCCCAUCUAUAACGUAUCACAUUGAAGCGAGGAAAAAGACCUUUGGGAUGACUUUGGAGGAACUCGAGGAGAAAAUGGGCGGUGAGGCCGCCUGGAAAAGGGCGAUGCCGGGUUUAGCAAAGCUCGCUGGGAUACUAAACCUGUCAAGCCUGGUGGUGUAG